ACAACACUGACGACAAAAGACUUUACUGGAUACACACUUCCGUCUCUAACAACCAUGCUAAGGCAGUAACUUCAGGCAGCGUACCAACCAGCAGCAGUGUUUGACACUCCCGGUUCUUGGCAUACUCCUGCACUGCUAAAUCUAAGGUAAGAAAGAGGUCAAGUAAAGAUGACAAUCACCUUGGCAGUAAUUUGAGCCGGCAAUGCCUGCAAAAAAAGACAAAAGCUACUGCGACUGGAUGUCGCAACUGCCGCCUGAACUCCACGACAUUCCUUUCUUCAAACUGGCCAUACCGGGUAGCCAUGACUCUAUGAGUUAUGACUUGGACAUCAACUCCUCCAUAAUAGAACCUGAUAGACUUAAAAGAUUGAGCAGGAUUUAUUGUGCACGUAAAAUAGUGCGUAAAUGGGCCGUCACUCAGGAUGAGACCAUCACAAAGCAGCUGGAUGCAGGAGUUCGCUACUUUGAUCUGAGGAUCGCGCGCAAGGCCCAUGACCCCGACCCCACGAGGCUUUACUUUCACCAUGGGCUGUACACGAGGACCGAUGUGGAGACGGUUCUCAAGGAUGUAAAUGACUGGGCAGGGGGGCACCCCAAGGAGAUCCUCGUCCUGGCUUUGUCCCACUUCCAUGGGUUUGACAAAAAUGUUGCAGAGCAGCUCCACAGACAUCUCACCAGCUUCAUUGUGACCUUGUUUGGAGCCAAACUCAUCCAUAAAAGGGACAUUCCUACCCUGAAGAGUUGCUGGGACAAAGGCAGAAACGUCAUAGUCUCAUACGACUCAAGGCAACAUUUCAACGAGCUGUGGAGUAAAAUACCGUAUUACUACGGCAAUAGUAUGAACACCAGAGACGUUGAAUCCAAACUGUGUCAGUUUUUGGAGAAGCCGAGUCCUGCUCAGUCUUUCUUUGUGUGCGGCCUGAACCUAACGCUGCCGGAGAACGCCAGGAUACUCCUGUACAUCCUCCGCCCAUGUGACAACCUAGUCAAAGUCAUACGGAGGAGUCUGCCGAGGCUGCUGCGGUGGGUGGAGCAGCAAGCCGCCAAGACGCCCGUGAACAUUGUGGCCUCGGACCUGGUGACCCGUGAUGGCUUCGUACCCACGAUUAUCAAGCUCAAUACUUCCAAACGCGUGAAACCAUAAGGGGAAACCAAAUCUCAAUGGGUUGUUCAAUAAGUAAUUUCCCUUCAUAUUUUUUUAUAUAUAUACUAUUUUAUAAUAUAUAUAUACUAUUUUAUAAUAUAUAUAUAUAUAUAUAUAUAUAUAUAAUAUUUGUGUAUUUGCUGUCCUGCUCCCUCAUUAAACACUGAUAUGCUUUGAGAAGAACAACCCAUGUUGUGGCUGACGCGCGCCACCCUGCGUCAACUUGUGAUAUUGCAAUAAAAUGUUCGUCUCUUGCCUGAAAGUU